CUCAACAACGAGCAAGUGGGCUGGUUUUCAAAAAGAAACAAAAGCUCAUUGCGUUGAACGGGAAUAUUUACGAGAGCAUUGAGGUAUAUUUCUGAGUUUUUGUUGAGGAGCUGCAGUAAUGUCUGUAAACUACGCCGCUGGACUGUCUACAUAUGCGGACAAAGGUGUAUGCGGGCUCCCCGAGUCGUUUGACAGUAAAGAAGAGUUAAAGGGGAAGGUGGAGGCUCUUGCCCAGCUGAUUAGGGAGUCCCAGUACCUGGUGGUCCACUCUGGGGCAGGCAUUAGCACCUCUUCAGGCAUACCUGACUUCAGGGGUCCCAAAGGAGUGUGGACCAUGGAGGAGAGGGGCGAGUCUCCCCACUUUGACACCACAUUCGAGGAAGCUCGGCCCAGCCUCACUCACAUGGCCCUGCUGGGGCUGCAGAGAGCCAGCUACCUCAAAUACCUCAUCAGCCAGAAUGUGGACGGCAUCCACGUCCGCUCCGGCUUCCCCAGAAAUCUGCUCUCUGAGUUGCAUGGGAACAUGUUCGUGGAGGAGUGUGGGAAGUGUGGCAAGCAGUAUGUGCGGGAAAAGGUGAUUGGUGUGAUGGGCCUGAAACCCACUGGAAAAUACUGUGAGGAGGUCCGGGGAAGAGGACUCAGGUCCUGCAGGGGGAAGCUCAUCAGUACCAUACUGGACUGGGAGGAAGCUCUGCCGGAAAAAGACCUCAACAGAGCCGAAGAAGCUAGCAGACGGGCCGACCUGGCGCUGACCCUGGGUACCUCUCUGCAAAUCAAGCCCAGCGGAGACCUGCCCCUCUUCACCAAACGCAAGGGGGGCAAGGUGGUCAUCGUCAACCUUCAGCCCACCAAACAUGACAAACACGCGCACCUGCGUAUCAACGGUUAUGUGGACGAGGUCAUGAGCCAGCUGAUGGAACUGCUGGGAUUGGACAUUCCAAAGUGGGACGGGCCUACCGUCUGCCAGAGCUCCACCCCUGACCAGAAACCGCUACCUGCCAUCGCUACAAAGAAGGAAGUAAAGAAGGGUGUGAAGAAAGAGGCUAAAAGGGAGGGUAGGAAAAGACUAGGAGAACCAAAGAAGGAAGAGGAGGAUGAAGAGAAGAUUGCCGUAAAGAAAGAGAGGGCGGAACAAACAACAGAAGAGCAUGAGAAAGACCUGCAGGCCUGUACUGACUCUAGCCCUAUCCUAGGCCAAACACAGAACCAGGACCUGUCCAGAGGUGGAGACCAGAACAAGGGGGCCAGCUCCCCAACCCUCUCCCUCUGACAGUUCAGACAGCCCCCAAGAGCCCAACAGAGUAAAGAAUCAGCCAGUAGUGUCUUAGUAUUGUUCCCCCAACUCAGUUCUUAUACACACUGACCUAGAACAAUGGUAACAUGCUGCCUGGGACCAAUGCAGAAAGGUCUGUGUGAGUGAGAAUGUACAGUACCAGUCCAACGUUUGGACACACCUACUCAUUGAAGGGUUUUUCUUUAUUUUUGCUAUUUUCUACAUUGUAGAAUAGUAGUGAACACA